AUGGAUGAGGAAGCAGCGACCGAAACUGAUCCUUUGCUGUCAAAGUAUCCAGCUGCGUCUCGUCGUCGAUUUGACGAUGCCACACCAAGACCCAACCCAAUUCCCAUUGCGCCUCAACCAACGCCAAACAACAAUGAUCCAGACACGGACAGCGAGCCUCUUUCUCAACAGGAUGUCUACACUCUCCUUGGCAUGGCUCCUCCCACAGCAAACAACACAACGCCUCGUCACCUCGAAUCCGCGCAUGGCUUCUAUAGCCAGGUUGUGAAGAGCGAGCGUCGCGCAGCACAUCACUAUCGGCUCUACGAUGUCGCAAUCUUCUUCCUCAUGAUCGUCCAGCUCUGUAUCUCGGCUGUGUUUGUUGUACUUGGCUCGUUGCCUAAUCUCGAUCGUCAUCAUGUGGCUGUCGCAUCCCUGGGCGCAAUCGGCACUGUAGUAGCAGGAAUGCUGGCGCUGAUGAAAGGCCAAGGACUGCCGAAUCGCCUACGCAUGGAGCGCGAUGCUUUGAGAAGAGUGGUGUUCGAAACGGAAGAGCUGUACUGGGAUGCUAGGGCUGGUAGAGAGGUGGACUUUGCUGAUGUUGAGAGAUUGAGAGAUGCAUAUGUUGCUGUGGUGGAAGAUGCGAGGAAGAACCAUCCUGAUGUGUGGACUUCGAGUCCGGUACCUGUGCGGGUCAAGACGGGGUUGAGUGGAAAAGGGAUGCAACUGCCGGGCGCGGCGCAGAUCGCGAAACUGUAA